AGCAAAUUGGAGAAGUUCAGCUCAAUUUGGAAAAGCUGACAUAGCUUAGUCAUUCGCCAAAGCAAAAAUACACACGAAAUAAUAACCGAAAAUAACUCGCACAUCCGCUUGCAUUUCAUUGGCAAUAGGCCAAAUGCUGCUAAUGAAGAGUAAUGCGGUAGAUGGUUUGCAUUGUGUUUUAAUUUUACUAUCAACUGCUUAAUCUUGACAGGGAAUAGGAUGGAAAGCAGAAGUCGAGUCGACAAAUAAGACCACACAACUUCUUCUUUUAAGCAUUCGGUCAUGGCAUAUACGGAGGCGGAGGUGGAUGUCAACUACGCAUCGGUGGUCUUCAAAAGUGACAAACAAUUGCAGUUCAGAGGUAAAGCAGAUGAAGAAAGUUUGUACAGCAACAUCAAAUUGGAAAAGGACGAGCACGCGUUUGUCACCGACGAUGCUUUGCUGAGUCUGGCGGCGGCAGGGGUAGCUGACGGACGUCGCCAUUAUUGGCAACAUCUGGCUUAUUGCGCUGCACUAUGUGGCGCUCUGUUCCUCGGCGUCAUGGCCGUCAUCCUGUAUCAUAGAAGAGUCUCACACUUGCUGUCGGAAAAUCAGAACCUGACGGCUCAGGUGUUGGCGCUGGAGAGCAAAAACAGGAAUAUGCAAGCCAAGUUGAACGUCAGUCGGGCUCAGUGGACCAUCGACAACUACUGUACUGUAACUACCGAAUACGGUCGGUGCUGCGAAGCCUGUGAAACCGGUUGGAAACAUUUUGCGCCCCACUGCUAUCUCUUCAACGACACAGACCGGAAAACCUGGGACGCGGCCCGUAAGGAAUGCGUCGGGAAGAAUUCUCAACUGGCAUUGGUGGAGAAUGAAAGAGAUAAGGAAUUCAUCCAGGAGAACUGCAGGAAAAGCAACAGCACUUUGGGCUACUGGCUUGGCCUGAAAAUGAUCCUGGAUACCAGAUACAGAUUCGAUCCGUGAAGGCUGGUGCGCCAUCUCUGUGGCCGAACAUCACAACAGCAAACCGAAGGCUGUCAAAUGCAGAGACAGACAUUGGUGGAUCUGCAAGAAGAUGGCGUUAGUUCUUUAAAACACGUGUCAAACAGCCUGCCUCACCAGAGCCUUUAAAAGACUGAAUGCUUAACUAAUUGUUGUCAUUUUUCUCGGGAAUCUCUUGUUGACUUGUGAUAUGGUGACCCUGGAUCCAGUUUGCCGCCUCGCCUGGAUCUCUCUGUACUGUAUGAUUGCUGCCGACUUGGAAUAAAUUGUU